AUGGCCGGAGGCGACGAUGGCGACUACUACAAUGGUUACACACCAUCAAUCGCAGCAGCAUCAGUCUUCGCCGCCCUCUUCGGCAUUCUAACACUUCUCCAUGGCUACCAGCUCUUCCGCACGAAGACUUGGUACUUCCUGGCCUUCUUCGCCGGUGGAAUCUUCGAAACGGUUGGCUUCAUCGUCAGAACCAUCUCCGCAAGUGAAGAGCCUGAAUACACCAGAGCGCCCUAUAUAGUCAGCCAAGUCGCAGUCCUGGUCGCACCCUCGCUCUUCGCUGCGAGCAUGUAUAUGGAGCUGGCAAGGAUUAUUCGCCUGACGGGAGGCGAGGUCUAUUCCAUGAUUCGUGUCACUUGGUUGACGAAGAUCUUCGUGGUGGGCGAUGUGAUUGCCUUUCUGACCCAAACUCUCGGUGCCGGCUUGCUCGCAAGUUCAUCCUCCUCCUCCCACGACACAGGCCGCACCAUAAUCCAGAUCGGCCUCAAUGUGCAGAUCGUCUUCUUCGCCCUCUUCGUCGUCGUCGCGCUCCUCUUCCACUUCCGCAUCGCCAAGAACCCAACUCAGAAGGUCCGGAAGAACCGCAUCCCGUGGAAGAAACAUCUUGACAACAUUUACACUGCCAGCAGUAUGGUUCUGGUAAGAUGCGUCUUCCGAUUCAUCGAGUAUGCUAUGGGGGAGUAUAGUUAUCUUAUGACGAAUGAGUGGGUUAUAUAUGUGUUUGAUGCGCUGCUGAUGGUGUUUGUUAUGGUGGCUUUUGCGGUUGUGCAUCCGAGUGAGGUUGGAGCGCUGCUUAAUGGGAAGGGGAAGGCGAUUGUGAAGGUUGUGUUUGCAAGAGAGGUCGCGGUCGCGAUGGUGGCGGAUUAUGACUGGAUGCAGAGGGAGCAGGAUGCGUCGCUUGAUUCGGCCCAAGAGAUGACGGCUUAUCAUGGCGUGUGA